UAGCACUCUGCUUAGUGUCACAUGCUGUCGGGGAAGCGCAGGAAAGCAGACGAUAUUCGUCGGAAAUCGUACAGAACGAAGCUAUGAUUGAAACUCAAAGUCGGCGAGAGAGCAUCUUCGACAGCAGGCGGCGACUGACGGUGCUCGGAAGCAGCGGCGGUGAGGCAGGGACACCCAAAAGCACGAGUCGUGAUCAUGGGCGCGAGCGCUUCGACAGCCGGCGGCGCAAGCUAGCAUCCUCGCGGGCGUGUAAGGCGUCUUCGCUUCCGGGCUUCACCUCGUCGAUCGACCUGUCGGGUAAAGGCCUCGUGCUGCACUGGAAGCUCGACGGACCGCAAAGCCUAGCCAUGGCAGUCGAGGCGAAGGCGGGGAGCGGCGUGUCGACCAAUAAAGGCUGGUUCGCGAUAGCGUGGAGCAAGACGGGGUACAUGUUCCCCGCCGAUGGUGUUGUGGGUGUUGCGGGGAGCAGCCGGCCCUCGGCGUACGCGUUAGAAGGCUACAGUCAAACCACAGUUGCGCCCACCUCGAGGUUUAGCCUUGGGAAUGCCGCGCUCGCGUGGGGACCAAGUGGCAUCGUGAUGAGGUUCACGCGGAACGGCACGGACGGGGUGGUUCCAGUGACUUACAGCGGGGCGAAUCAAAUCAUCUGGGCGUUCGGUUCGAGCGGCAGGCCAACCGAUCAUGGCAUGAACAGGGGCGGUAAAGCUGUGGACUUCUCGUGUCUCCCCGCGCCCUCCAUCUCCCCUCCCCCUCCCCCCAAGCCAUCCCCCAAGCCAUCCCCCAAGCCAUCCCCAAAACCUUUCCCCAAGCCAUCCCCGAAGCCCGCACCGCAGCCUUCCCCCAAGCCCUCCCCCAAGCCGUCCUCUCCGCCAUCUCCUCCCCCGUGCAAGCCCUCAACGUGCAAGGCAUCGACCCUUCCCGGCUUCACCUCCUCAGUGGACCUCACGGGAAAAGGCUUUGUGCUCCACUGGAAGCGCCAGGGGCGGCAGAGUUUGUCUCUAGCGGUGGAGGCGAAGCCCAGCAGUGGGGCCCACAAGGGCUGGUUCGCCCUGGGCUGGUCCAAAACGGGCUUCAUGUCCCCUGCUGACGUGGUGGUUGGGAACCUCGCCACGUCAGCAUCGCCACCUGCCAAGUCAGCAGCAGCUGUGGCGGCCUAUGGGAUAACCGGCUAUGCUGCGAGUGCCGUGAAACCGUCAAGAAAGUUUACCAUUGCACCGACUGGGUUCAGCUCGACAGCACGGGGUGCAAUCAUGAGGUUUGCACGCAACAGCACUGAUGGGACCGUGCCUGUGAAGUACAAUGGAGUGAACCGCCUCAUCUGGGCCUUCUCCCCUGAUGGCUCCAAGAUUCUCGCCUACCACAACAAGAACUGGUACGUGCUGUUUGAAGCUACACCCCCUCGCUCCCCCGCCUCCAACCACUUGCCAUCGCCCCACUCCCCCACUUUCUCCCCUGAUGGCUCCAAGAUUCUCGCCUACCACAACAAGAACUGGUAG